AUGUCGCGAUCCGACGAUCAAGUUCGGCUUCAGACCACACCAAAUCGAACCAUAGGAAGUCUCAUCCUGCUCUCUACCCUGACCCUGUUCGGCCUCUAUACCCUGUGGACAAUCGUACUCCCAUUCUUACCAGACGACUCGCCCGUUCAUACCUGGAUCCCAGACCGAAGAUGGGCAAUCACCCUUCCCUCACUGGUGCUCGUCGUCGGUUUAACCACUGUAGGCGUAUAUGCGGGCUUGCUGUUGCGCGAGGACGCGCUCCACCAACUGGCCCAAGAGAAGCCAGUUUUGCAGAAAUGA